AUGUCCCGUAAUCCUGUGCCCACUCUCUUAGGUGACAUUCUGCACUCUCUUUAUGCCCGUACUGCUCGGAAACGGGGAACCCUUAUGUGUUGUGCACCAUUGCUGGCGAGGUGGUUUAUUUCUCACCUCCCCAAAUCAGUUUUGAAGAACAAGGAAGACAUGGGUUGGGCCUACAGAAUUAUGUCUCUCGCUCACACUGACAUUAUCUGGAGCACUAAAGACAUGGAAGACAUAGCUAUUAUUGAUCGCUGUGGGGAAUACCCCAAUGUUUCUUUUCUUGGAAUUAGGGGAGGAAUAACUUAUAAUCCAUGUAUGGCCUUACGACAGUUUGGGAGAGCUAGAAAGGACGGUCCUCAUGAGUUACUGAUUCCAAGUAUUGUCUUUGACUACCAAGGGGAUAGUGAGGAGCAUCGCUGCAGAUUCAUACGAGCUUGGAAUAGGGUACACAGGUCUGAUCCGCAUGAGCUAGGAGCGAAGACUUCUCUUCCAAUGGAACCAUAUCUCCAAUGGGUUCGAACCCGUGCCCAAAAGCUGGGAAUGUCGUACGAAGCUGUCUUACCGGUAAUCAUUGAGAGUGCUGAUGAAGAAGGGGUUCCUCAUAUUGUCCUACAUCCGUACAUGUCAACUGACAUUGGGGCAUUAAAGAGGUCGUGGAUCCAGUUGAGAGAAGAGCGGGAUACUUACAGAGAAAAGUAUCACGAAUAG